CGCGCGUUUUUCGCAGACGGCUGUUGUCACCAGUGGCUGUGUAGUUAGGUUAGUUGGCUGCGUUUUCUACAGCUGAACUAUCCAGGCGCGCGCGUUUGAGCGCGGUCUCUGCGGAUGAAAGCAUCGUGAAGCGUGCCCGUCGAUCUUAUUUUUUCACUGCCGUCGUCACCACCGCGUGCUGCGUGCCAGUGCACGCGGUGUUCAGGGUCAUCGGAGUGGCCAUGGCUGCCGCCGCCUCAACUGCUGAGCCGCUGCUCACAGAGGUCAUGGUCGAGGAAGAACAGAAACUCUUCGAACAGGCCACAAAGGAAGAAGAGCAGCGUGCCCUGAGUCGUCAGGAGCAGCAGGCGGCAGAUCGCGAGGCGUGCCUCGAGCGGCUCAAGAAGCUGCUGCGUGCCACAAACAUCUACUCGCAGUUCCUCAUCGACCGCAUUGAGAAGCAGAAUGCAGAGAGGACUGCCCAACAGCAGCGACAUAGCCGUGGCAAGAAGACACCAGAGGGAGCCUCGGCUGAGGAGCAGCAGCAGCCAAGCCGAGCCACCAGCAGGUCGACCAAGAAGCAGAGCAGCGCUGAACCCCCAAAAACCCCAAGUCGAAAGAGGAAGGCUUCGCCCAAUUCGCAGGGGACCAAGGCCAAGACGGCUCUGCUGGACCUGGCAGCUGCUACCCCACCGUCUUCUCAGGAAGGAUCUCCCUGUCGCCCAUCAAAUGGCCACCACAACCCCGAGGGCCAGCCGGCCCUCUUCACGGGGGGCAUCAUGAGACCCUAUCAGGUCGAAGGAUACCAGUGGCUCAAGGUCCUCUAUGAGAAUGGUGUCAACGGCAUCCUGGCGGACGAGAUGGGCCUGGGUAAGACGAUCCAGGUGAUCGCCCUGAUCGCUGCGCUCGUCGAGAGCGGUCUGCCGGGCCCUUACCUCGUGGUGGCGCCGCUGUCCACCCUGCCCAACUGGCUGGGCGAGCUCCAGCGCUUCACUCCAUCGCUCUCGGUGGUGCUCUACCAUGGACCCAUGGAGGAGAGGCACGCACUCACGCCAGAGAAACUUCGCCGUACGGCGGUGGUGGUGACCUCGUAUGAGGUGGCCAUGCGGGACCGUGCCCGACUGGCACCCCUAGACUGGCUCCUCCUGGUGGUGGACGAGGCGCACCGACUCAAGAACUUCCGGUGCCGGCUGGUGCGAGAGCUGAGCCAGUACCGGACCUCCAACCGGCUCCUGCUGACGGGCACCCCGCUGCAGAACAGCCUCACCGAGCUGUGGGCCCUGCUGCAUUUCCUCAUACCCGAGAUCUUCCACGACCUGCAAGCGUUUGAGUCCUGGUUUGACCUGGGGGCAUUGUCGGGUGCCAACGACGAGGCGGCACGGUUUGUCCAGCGCGAGGAGUCCGACCACAUCGUGGCCACCAUGCAGGAGAUCCUGAGGCCCUUCCUGCUCCGACGGACCAAGGAGGAUGUUGUGCUCGAGCUGCCGCGCAAGACCGAGCUACUGGUGUACGCGCAGCUGAGCCCGCUUCAGGACAAGCUUUACAAGAUAUGCAUGGACCGUGCGUUUGAGGCCGCAACUGAAACCAAGGACCAAGCCGCCGAAGAAGUGGAGGUGGAGCCCUUGGGCAGGGGACGGCGCUCCUCGAGGAAAAAGCCCGUCAGAUACACCAUUCCUGGUGAGGACGACAUCUUUGCCCACAACAGCGACGACGACGACGAGGAGAACUCUCGCGACAGUGGCAUCAGUUCAGCAUCGUCCAAGGACGAAGCCCGUGACCCGUACGAGCAGCUUCGCCGGAGCAAGAACCCGCUGAUGGACCUGCGGAAGGUGUGCAACCACCCGUACCUCUUCCGUGGGCUGUGCGAGGAGGACGAUGGCACCAACGGCGAGCACUUGGUCCAGGCCUGCGGCAAGCUCCGGCUUCUGGACUGCAUGCUCGGCGAGCUCAAGCGCCGGGGCCACAAGGUGCUGAUAUUUUCGCAAAUGUGCCGCGUGUUGGACAUCCUCGAGGACUACUGCCUCAUGCGGCGGUUCAAGUACUGUCGCCUCGACGGUCAAACGAGGGUGGAGGACCGGCAGCAGCAGAUGAAGCUCUUCAACGAGAACCCAGACUACUUUGUGUUCCUGCUGUCGACUCGGGCGGGUGGCCUGGGAAUCAACCUGACCGGUGCGGACACUGUAGUGCUGUACGACUCGGACUGGAACCCCCAGUGCGACCUGCAGGCCAUGGACCGCUGUCACCGAAUAGGGCAGACCCGGCCAGUCCUCGUCUACCGGCUAGUCACGCGCGGCACGGUCGAGCAGCGCAUGAUCGAGAUGGCGGGGGCCAAGCGGCGCCUCGAAAAAAUCAUCAUGCAGAAAGGCAAGUUUGCCAAGGUGGGCAAGGAUGCCUCGAAAGUUGGCAGCCUGUCCCCCCAGGAGCUCUUGGACCUUCUGCACUCCUCGGACCACUCAGCAGUCAUCGACGCUGGCUCCAGCGUGCUCUCGAAGGCCGAGCUGGACGCCCUGCUCGACCGAACACGCCUCGCCACAGAUCGGAGCAGCGCAGCGAACAGGUUGUUCGAGGUUGUUGCGAAAGACAGCGAUGGUUAAGACAGCUUGGCUAAGCCUUCAAGGACGACGAUGUAUCAAAUCCAUCGACUCAUUUUUUAAAUUAAUACUAAAUCGUAUGUUCACGACUUGUAGAGAGAGGCUGUUUUAUUUAUAUUUAUAUGCGCAUUUGCAUUAGGUCACACAGUCCACCUUUUAAUACGAAAUUUGUCUGUUUGUACAGUUCUGAAGUUGUGUAAGAGUGCUCACGUUGUGAUACAAUAAAAGAUAAUCUUGCAGAA